AUGAAGCCUGAGGCUGCCCUAGACUGCGUUGCUGCUGCUGCUGCAGCAGGGCAGCAGCAGCAGCUGCAGUACGUGCAACGAGCUGCUGCUCUGCUGCACCAGCAGGACUGCUUGCUGCUGCUCAGCAGAGGCCUCGACGCCGACGGGGUGCUGCUGCAGCUCCUGUCGCUGCUGCAGCAGAGAGACAAAAGCAAAGGUGGCAGCAGCAGCAACGGCAGCAGCAGCAGCAGCAGCAGCAGUGGCAGCUCCGAGCAGCAGCAGGAGCAGCAGGAGCAGCAGCAAAACGGCGGCGGGGGCAUCUUCAGCUCUGUGUUCUCCGACGAACAAGAGGAAUGUGAGCAGCAGCAGCAGCAGCAGCAACAGCAGCAGCAGCAGCAGCUGCGGCGGCCCUUAUACAGCGCAGCCUGGCCGCGGCUGGUGCUGGUGCUGGGGCUUGCUGCAGCAGAGCAUGCAGCAGUGCAUGCGCUGCAGCAGCGGCAGCACAGUGAGCAGCGCCGUUUGCUGCAGGCAGCAGCAGCUGCUGCUGAGGUGCGCUUGCGCAGCAGCAGCACUGCAGCAGCAGCAGAAGCCGCAGCAGCAGAGCAUGCAGCGGCGCUGGCAGCCCUGGCUGAGCUGGAGCGGCAGCAGCGCGCAGAGGAGCUGCGCCUCGCCUGCAGCAGCAGCAGCAGCAGCAGCAGCAACGCAGCAGCAGCAGCAGCCACCACCUGGCAGCAGCGGCAGCAAAUGUACAUCGGCGGCGGCUGCUUCUGCUGCCCUGCUGCUGUUGCUGCUUCCGACCUUCUCACUGGCCGUUUGCCUCCAGAAGUUGUUGACUGCAUUGUCUUCGUGCGCGCCGAACGCAUUCGUCGUCGUCCAUCAGCGGAGGGUUUCAUGAGGCCUUCGUCUGUCGGGUGUACAGACAGCGCAACAGAGUGGGAGGUCGCGAUAAGUGAUAGGCCGCACCAUUUUGCUGCCAGCAGCAGCAGCAGCAGCUGCAGCAGCAGCAGCUGCAACCUCACGCAGACUCUCAAGCUGCUGCAGCUAAAGAAGGUCCAGCGCAUGAGCCGCAUGCACGAAGAUGUAACGGAAAGCUUAGAGGGAGCCUCGCAGCCGCAAACUUGCGAAAUUUGCCUGCCGCCGUCUUCGCUGCAGCUGGAGAUUCAGCAGGCUUUGCUGCUGCUGCUGCAGCGGGGGCUGCAGCAGCUGAAGAAGUGCCGCCCCGGGCUGCUGCAGGACUGGGAGGUUUCUUGUCUUUUCAGGGGUCCAGCGCCUCCCCCGCUGCCUGCUGAAGACCAGCAGCAGCAGCAGCAGCAGCAGCAGCAGCAGCAGCAGCAGCAGCAGCAGCUGCAGCACAGGGCCCCGGUGGGGGGCUCUUUGAGAAGAGCCCUCAACUCCGUGUGGCAUCAGCUGGACCCAAAGACAAAGGCGCUGGUCGCAGACUUGGGCGAGCUGCGGCGGCUGGUGUUUCUGCUGUGGCGGCUGAAUUGUGUUUCUUUUCUUUCUUACUUGGAGUCUCUCCUCAGCAGCAAAACUAUUGACGAGGCCUGGGGCCACACCACGGAGCUGCAGGUUAUCUUAAGGAGAGCUAGGCAGAGGGUUUACACGACAAAGCGGGUCCCUGUAGGAGGUUCUGCUGCUGGUGGAGCAGCAACAGCAGGAGCUGCUGCUGCUGCUGCUGCCAGCUUCUCAUAUGGGGAAAACGGCAGCGCAGCGAAGCAGCAGCGGACAGAUACUGCAGCAACGCCGGGACUCGGAGCAGCAGCAGCAGCAGCAGCAGCAGCAGCAGGACAGCAGCAGUAUGAAAGGAGAGCUGUACUCCACUUAGAGCCUCCUGCUGCUCUCGAGUGGCUGCAGCAAUUUGUGUGGAAUUGCCAAGUUGACGACGACAUAUACCAGGCGCUGCUGCGGGAGCAGCGGCGCGCAGCACCUGCUGCUGCUGCUGCUGCUGCUGCUGCUGCUGCUUCUGUGGCUGACGGGAACCAGCAGCAGCAGCAGCAAGCAAAUGACCGGCCUGACGGGGGCAGCUCAGAAGCCGAGAUGCCGGGCUGUAUCUACAUCCGCAGCAGCGAGAGCAGCAGCAGCAGCAAGAGCAGCAACAGCGACAGCGCAGGCAGCUCUGACAGCAGCGACAGCAGCAGCAGCAGCAGCACAUUGAGAAACGCCACAUGCGCCGAAGAGCAGCAACCUGAUGAGGGCGCGCCCCCGGCGGCGGCUGCUGCCGGGCCAGCAGCAGCAGCAGCAGCAGCAGCAGCAGCAGCAGCAGCAGCAGCAGGGGCGCGCAAAGCGCAGCGGCUUCGCCGCCCCGUUUACCGCAUUUUAAUUAUAGGCGGAGACAACAGCAUUUGCUGCAGCGCGCGCUUGACUUUGCUGCUGGGGUCUCGGCAGCUGCUGCUGCGGUGUUUCAGCAGCUACGUGCGCGGCCUUGCUGCUGGCGGGGCGUCUGCUGCUGCUGCUGGUUCGUACGGGGCUGCUGCAGCAGCAGCAGCAGCAGCGGCAGCAGCAGCAGAGUCCGCAGACGCCCGCAGCAGCAGCCUCGGGUUCACCAGCAGCAGAAGAGCAGAGCAGCAGCUCCUGCAGCAGGCGCUUCGAGUCGAGGAAAUGAUGGGGGGCCAUCCCCACGGGUUUGCUGCUGCUGCUGCUGCUGCUGCUGCUGCUUCUGCUGCUGCUGAUCCCGAGGGGCCCACCGACCGCGAGCUGUGGAGGGCGCUGCGCUGGAGAACGCGGGGGCUGCGGUCAGUAUUUCCGUUGCUGCUGCUGCUGUUGUUGCUGCUGUUGCUGCUGCUGUUGCUUUUUGUGCUGUUGCUGCUGUUGCUUCUGCUGCUGUUGCUGCUACUGCUGCACGCCUGGGCUGCGUGUGAACUGUCGAGCUUUACCGUUUGA